CAAAGUCCUGGGCUUGAUCUUGAACAAGUCGCAAGAUCAUUACACUUCUACCUUUACAGAUUUAGCUCCUCUAUCCUUAUAGAAGAAUUCUACGAGCGUUUGAUCUUUCAAGAUGUCGUCACCACCAUCAUUAAAAAGCAUUGCAAGUAGCCUAUCUGCUAAUACAAACCUCCUCACCCAACUCCUCGAAGAAAAGGGUCUACCGCAGCCAUCGCUCUCUGUCCGCGAUGGACAGCAGACCGUACCUGACAGCAUAGAAUUCGAACAACUUCAUGCAGCAAGAACAGCUAUUCAAGAACAGGCGCAGCUCCUAUUAGAUUUGGUCACCGGCCCGGUUGAAAUGGCUACCACAUGGCCGAUCUGCAGCCUCCAUGACACCAGCGCCCUCAUUCUCAUUUACCACUGCAAACUGUACCAGCACAUCCCUCUCAAUGGAACCGCUACAUUCGAAAACAUCGCAGCGAAAUCUGGCCUCGAUAUCCACCGCACCCGUCUCGCUCUGCGUCACGCCAUGACACGCCGAUUCUUCUGCGAACCCCAACCGAAUCAUGUCGCUCAUACUGCCGCGUCCGCACUUCUCGUUACGCAGCCUGACUUUGUCGAUUUCCUCGGGCACCAACUGAAUGAUACUCUCCCUGCCGUCGCGAACCUAUCGAAAACAAUCGAUAGGUACGGGAAUUCGACAGAACCAAAUCACAGCGCGACGAAUGUUGCAUUUGGCACUGACGAAAAUCCAAUGAGUUUCAUCGCUUCUGGAACGGUUUCUGGACCCAGGUUCAGUGGAGCUAUGAGAUGGGUCGCUAAGACAGGGUCGUUCGAUGAUCGGCAUAUAGUUGAGAAUUAUCCGUGGGAUGACUUCGGGGAGGGGACGGUUGUCGAUGUGGCAGGCGGAACGGGUCAUUUAUCCCUAUCCCUGGCGCAGGCGUACCCCAAGCUCAGAUUCAUCGUUCAAGAUCUCCCAGAGCAGGGAAAAGCUUUUUCGGUCCCUUCACAUCUACAAGACCGCGUCCAAUUCAUGUCUCAUGAUAUGUUCCAGCCGCAACCGAUUGCAGCAGAUGCCUACAUCCUCCGUCUAAUUUGCCAUGAUUGGCCGGAUGUAGCGAGCUCUCAGAUUCUUCGCCAGCUGGUACCUGCGAUGCGGGACGGGGCGAGGAUUAUCUUGGUCGAAGCGGUGAUGUUGGAGCCGGGGCACGUAUCUGGGCCGGCGGAGAGGGUCUAUAGUACAUCUGCACUCCACAUGGCCGUUACGUAUAACGGCAAAGAACGCACCGAGGCAGAAUGGGAAAAUAUCAUCAAGAAUGCAGAUUCUCGGUUGAAGCUGAAUCGAGUCAUUACUCCUAGGCGAAGUCACUGUUCAGUGAUUGAGGCUGUCUUCCACAGUUGAAGCUUAAGCUGACGGAGUAACUACUCCAAUCUAGCAACUUUUUAGGAUAAUCAUCUCUACUCGAUUUGAGAUACUCCUGUGGCGUGAAAACACAAAUGCUCUCCUGUCCGCUCUAUCAGAGCGUAGGACCGCAACGUCCCUUGAUGCUACGGUUUGGGAUAGCCUGGCAGUAUAUGAUAAACAGCAACUCGUGAUAUUAAUGCCACCAUACUCUGCUUCCGGAAAGCUUCGGCAAUGUUAGUGUCAGUUCAGUCAAAAGCGUCGUGGAUAAAGUGACUCUUUUAACAACUGCGACAUCAAUCAACCAAACAUUAAUUACAAGUGAAGUUAAUAGCUCAACUGCAGGAAAUCACCUGUGAACCGGUUAGUUAUACCUUACUGCCCCUUAAUAAAUGACAUAGCAGACGCCAUUUUACGCCUCGUACGCUGCUCAUCUCG